GUUAGGAUUUUACGAGCUGCACGUCAAUGCACCUUCAGCAGACGCCGUCCCAAGUGACGUCAGCAUCGCUCACCGGCGACUAGAGUACCUCCUGUCUUCCAGACCGCCUGCUGCUUCUCCCUCCUGUCCCUCCCGAGUUUUAUCGUCUUGCUCGGGACGUAAACCUAGAAAAAACAGAGUAAAAAGUUGGACUUAAACUUUAAACUUCCAUCUGUAUGAAGGAGUUACAGCCUGACAUCAUCUCCUGGCUCUAACUUCUCCUUCACUGGAGGACACGAGUGCCUGCUUUUGGCCAAAGUUUUCCACUUUGCAGUGACAGUAACUUCAGUUUCACCUGACUGAAGGUAAACCAUGGAGGAUGGGAAGCCUGUGUGGGCGCCCCACCCCACCGACGGGUUUCAGCUGGGCAUGAUUGUGGACAUCGGAGCUGACGCGCUCACUAUUGAGCCACUGACCCAGAGGGGCAAAACGUUUCUGGCGCCGAUGAACCAAGUGUUCCCAGCAGAAGACGAUGUCAACAAACAUGUAGAAGACAACUGCUCUCUAAUGUACUUGAACGAAGCCACACUACUCAACAACGUCCGAGUGCGGUACAGUAAAGACCACAUAUACACGUUCGUGGCUAAUAUCUUGAUAGCCGUGAAUCCCUACUAUGACAUUCCCAAACUGUACGGCCCUGAGUCCAUCAAGUCGUACAAGGGGAAGUCACUGGGAACGCUGCCGCCACACGUCUAUGCCAUUGCUGACAAAGCCUACAGAGACAUGAAGGUCCUGAAGAUGAGUCAGUCCAUUAUAGUCUCGGGUGAAUCUGGAGCUGGAAAGACUGAAAACACCAAGUUUGUUCUCAGAUAUCUGACGACAACAUAUGGCACCGGUCAGGACAUUGAUGAGAGAAUUGUAGAAGCAAAUCCUCUCCUCGAGGCCUUUGGAAAUGCAAAAACGGUGCGCAAUAAUAACAGCAGUCGCUUUGGGAAGUUUGUAGAAAUCCACUUCAAUGAGAAGAAUGCAGUCGUGGGUGGAUUUGUGUCCCAUUACCUACUGGAAAAGUCAAGGAUUUGCAUGCAAAGUAACGAGGAGAGGAACUACCACAUCUUCUACAGGCUGUGUGCCGGGGCAUCAGAGGACAUCAAGAAGAAACUACACCUGGAUUCCCCAGACAGUUUCAGGUACCUGAACCGAGGAUGCACCAGAUACUUUGCCUGUAAAGACUCUGAUACACAGAUCAUGCAGAAUCGCAAGAGUGCUGAGCAUUUGAAGGUCGGUGCUCUGAAGGACCCCCUCCUGGACGACCAGGGCGACUUCAACAGGAUGUGUGGUGCCAUGAAGAAAAUCGGUCUUGAUGACACGGAGAAGCUUGACCUGUUCAGAGUGGUCGCUGGGGUUCUGCAUCUGGGCAACAUUGACUUUGAAGAGACAGGGAGUUCCUCAGGCGGCUGCGUCCUAAAAAACCAAUCAGGCCAAACUCUGGAAUGGUGUGCUGACCUGCUCGGUCUGGAUCAGGAGGAUCUCCGUGUCAGCCUCACUACAAGAGUCAUGCUGACUACAGCAGGGGGCGCCAAAGGCACAGUUAUUAAGGUGCCUCUGAAGGUGGAACAAGCCAACAAUGCCCGUGACGCUCUGGCCAAGGCCGUGUACAGCCGGCUUUUUGAUCACGUCGUCAAACGUGUUAACCAGUGUUUCCCCUUCAAGUCGUCCUCCAACUUCAUCGGGGUGCUGGACAUAGCUGGGUUCGAGUAUUUUGAGCAUAACAGCUUUGAGCAGUUUUGUAUCAAUUACUGCAACGAGAAACUGCAGCAGUUUUUCAAUGAGCGAAUUCUCAAAGAGGAGCAAGAGCUGUAUCAAAGAGAAGGACUGGGAGUAAAUGAGGUCCAUUACGUUGACAAUCAGGACUGCAUUGACCUGGUGGAAGCAAAGUUGGUAGGUGUCCUGGACAUUCUAGAUGAGGAGAACCGUCUUCCACAGCCCAGUGACCAACACUUUGCACUUGCUGUUCACAGCAAGCAUAAAGACCACUUCAGAUUGACGGUUCCCAGAAAAUCAAAGCUGACGAUUCACCGGAAUCUCCGGGACGACGAGGGCUUUAUCAUCAGGCACUUUGCUGGAGCCGUCUGCUACGAAACGACCCGUUUUGUGGAGAAGAACAACGACGCCCUUCACAUGUCUCUCGAGAGCCUCGUGUGUGAAUCGAAAGACAAAUUUGUUCGAGAGUUGUUUGAGAAUUCCGCCACCACCAAGGACUCCAAACAGAAGGCUGGCAAACUUAGCUUCAUCAGCGUUGGCAAUAAGUUCAAGACGCAGCUGAACCUGCUGCUGGAAAAGCUUCGCAGCACAGGCUCCAGUUUCAUUCGCUGUGUUAAACCCAACCUGAAGAUGGUCAGCCACCAGUUUGAAGGAGCUCUGAUUCUCUCGCAGCUGCAGUGUGCAGGCAUGGUGUCAGUGCUGGACCUGAUGCAGGGCGGCUUUCCCUCCAGAGCACCUUUCCACGAACUUUACAACAUGUACAAACAGUACAUGCCAGAAAAAUUAACACGGCUGAAUCCACGACUAUUCUGCAAGGCUUUGUUCAAAGCUCUUGGACUCAAUGACAGUGACUUUAAGUUUGGACUGACCAGAGUGUUCUUCCGACCUGGAAAGUUCGCAGAGUUUGACCAGAUCAUGAAAUCUGAUCCAGACCACCUGGCUGAGCUGCUGCAGAAAGUCAACACGUGGUUGGUGUGCAGCCGCUGGAAGAAGGUUCAGUGGUGCUGCUUGUCAGUCAUCAAACUCAGGAACAAGAUGAGUUACAGAGCCGUGGCCUGCAUUAAGAUUCAGAAGACUGUCCGCAUGUGGUUGUGUAAGAAGAAACAUAAGUCACGCGUUGAUGGAAUGGUGAAGGUCAGAAAUCUAAAGAAACGCAUGGAGCGUUUCAAUGAGGUGGUGAACGGACUAAAGGAGGGCAAACAGGAGAUGGCCAAACAAGUCCAAGAGUUUGCCUCUGCCAUAGACGCACUAAUAGCCAAGAUCAAGGCCACAGUGAUGACCCGGAAAGAGAUUGACACAGAGUACCAGGCGCUGGUGAAACGCUCGGAGCAACUGCUUUCGUCCAUGCAAAAGAAGAAGCAGGAAGAGGAGGAGAGCGAGAGGCUGAAGCACAUCGAGGAAGAGAUGGAGAAAGAGAAGAAGAGGAGGGAGGAGGAAGAGCAACGGCGCACACAGGAAGAGCAGGACAGAAGGAUGAAAGCAGAGAUGGAGGUGAAGCGAAAGCAGGAGGAAGAAGAUCGAAAAAAGCGAGAUGAGGAGGAGAAAGUUUUACAGGCAGAGCUGGAUAUCCAGCUGGCUCUGGAGCGUGAGGAGCAGGUCCAGAGAACGACCGUCCUGGAGCAGGAGAGGAGGGACAGAGAGUUGGCCAUGAGAAUCGCCCAGAGUGAAGCGGAGCUGAUCACAGAGGAGAGCCAGCUGGACGCAAGCCUGCGCAGGGGGCCCCAAGUGGCGGCGACUAAAGCAGCUGCCGGUGUGAAAAAGUACGACCUCAGCAAAUGGAAGUAUGCUGAGCUGCGAGAUGUCAUCAACACCUCUUGUGGUGAGAAAUCCCUAAACACGCCGGUUUGGGGAAACAGCGAGUGUUCCUCAGGAGAUAUUGAACUUCUGGCCGCCUGCAGAGAGGAGUUCCAUCGCCGGCUGAAGGUGUAUCACGCGUGGAAGGCCAAGAACAAGAAGCGAAUUGAUGACGGCGGCGGCGGCGACCAGAGGGCUCCGAAGUCUGUCACCGACUACGCCGAACAGAAUCCAGCUCCUCCAAUGACGGCGCAGCAUCAGGAGGUGGCCAUGAACCGGCAGCAGCGUUAUUUCCGCAUUCCCUUCAUCCGGCCCGCGGACCAGUACAAGGACCCACAAACCAAAAAGAAGGGCUGGUGGUACGCACACUUUGAUGGGCCCUGGAUAGCAAGACAGAUGGAGCUGCACCCUGAUAAACAGCCCAUCGUGUUGGUCGCAGGAAAAGAUGACAUGGAGAUGUGCGAGCUUAGCCUGGAGGAGACGGGACUGACCAGGAAGAGGGGGGCGGAGAUCCUGCCCAGGCAGUUUGAGGAAAUCUGGGAACGCUGCGACGGAAUUCAAUACCUGAAGAAAGCCAUCGAAAACAAGCAGGCGCGGCCCACCUACGCCACGGCCAUGCUGCAGAGUCUCUUCAAGUGAUCCAGCCUGGACCCAAAAAGCACACAAACACUAGAUUAGACAACUACACACACACAGACACACACACACACACAUACACACACACACACACACACACACACACACACACACACACUGCAGAGGACACAGUGGAAGCAUUUCCUUCAGAGUUGCCUGAAUGUCAUUUAUUUUCAUCUUUUGUAUGGUCCUGUUGCAGUGAGCGCCUCGGUGGUGAAUCAUUAACAUUUUCCUUCUUCCUUUCACACUGUGCUCGAUGGCACUUUUCCCUCCGUGAUGCCUUAAAAUGUGAUUUUGCUGCACAACAGCAGCGGAGUCUUAAUUGCAGCCUUUCUGCUGAAGCUUUAAACCUGAGCCGCUGUCAGUCUGGACAAGGCAGAGGAAAAGCUGGACUGUAAAGACGCGGUGCCGUCUAGUCCUGCGAGUCGUGUGGUAGUGAUCUACAGUAAUUAUCGUGACGUCAGUGCACGUCACUGCAGCUCCGCACAGACGUGUACGAGAACGAAAUCGAAGACGUAAUGUUUCAUUACAUGGAUAAAAUGUCACAACCAUAAAACACGUAUGACGCAUAAAAGUAUAAGAUCAUGAUAUCUAUGUCUUUAUAAAGACUACGUAAACAUUGGAGGGAAAAAAAAGCUCAAAUAUGAAACCGCUGCACUAUGGAACAAAAAAAAACAUUUGAAAAUAAAAUCCUUCUUUGUCUUCUAUUUUACUAUAAAUAGGAAUAGACUUUAGUAAAAAGUUACUAAAAAGCUCAAAUCAGAAAUGAAGUUAAAAAAUAAUUUGGUAUAUUUCUGAAUUUUUCUUCUCUACGUAGUUAUUUAAAAUUGAAAUACAUUUUAAGAAGCUCUUUAAUUCUAUUAGCAUUUUCCCCUGUUUUAUUCGUCCUCUGUUUCUCGCCUCAUACACAGUCCUGCUGGAUUGAAAUAAAAUAUAACUUUUUUAUUGUUGUUUAUUUGAUAUGCAAAAUGGGAAACGAUUUGGAGUUUGACUUUUUUUUUUUUUUUGGUUUUCAGGGUAAUUUUCCAGGCAAUAGUAGGAUUUUGUGUGUAUUUUUUGUGUGAAUUAGUUAAUUAAAUUUAAAUCUGACUUUUCUGUUAGUUAAUUUAGAACUGUGACCUUUGACCUUGGCACUGGACUGCUGAUAUGAAAUAAACCUGCUGCAUAUCCUCAUCUUUGGCACUUUGUCUUUUUAUUUGUUUUAUUUUCUUGGAUCUCUGAUUAGCAAAA